AUGCAACUGAAUGGUAACAGUGAGAUCCAAAAAGAAUCAGAGUUACCGACAUCUCUUGUCGAUGAAAUAUCAUGUAAUACAAGUACUCUUAAUUUGGAAUGGCGACAAAUUUGUGAUGGUAUUGUUAAUUGUCAAAAUGCAGCUGAUGAACUCGAUUGCCAUUUGUUAGAAUUCAACAAAUGCAACACGGAUGAAUUCCAAUGUCGAAAUGGAAUGUGUAUUCCAAAGGAGUUCUUAUUUGAUGCUGUGCUCGAUUGUAUGGAUUCGAGUGAUGAACAAGAAUUGAGUGAUAUCUACCAAGUGUACAAUAGAUGUCCGAAAAUGUCGACAAUAGAAUGUGAUGAACGUCUUUGUCGGAAGGAUGAAUUUUCAUGUGGUGACGGGCAAUGCAUAAAAUGGUCUUCUAUUAUUGAUUAUCAGAUCUCUUGUGAAAAUUGGCGUGAUGUAACUUACUUCUGCGAGACACCCGAUUUCGUGAUAACCAAUUAUUUGAUAGCAAAUGCUAUCUGUUCAUCAACAAGUCUUCAAAUACCUCAAUUGACAAGUACAUCAAGUUGUUUGAUAAGUCUUCGGUAUUUGUUACUCACAACUGGAGAACAACAACUGAGUAAAAUGCGUAAAACGGCUAUAAACAAUAUUAAGGAUCGUUGUUUAGAAACUAUUGAAUAUCCUGAACGGCCUGUGUUUUCUCCAGUAUUUAAAAUGUUCUAUAAAAGAUCUCGAAUCAUCGACUUUUAUACAAGCCAGCAAAAUUUUACAAAACAAAUGUUAAAACGACCGGAUCUUGUCUGUUUCAGUGGUUCAAUGGUUUGUCAUGGAAUCUGGAUGACACUCCAGAAAGAUCAUUGUAUGGACUACAAUUACUUCCAAACACUUACUUCGUAUCCAUUCUUCCCAAUAUCUCAAUUAUUUUGUCAUGAAGCAGUAAAACAAGCCAAAUUUGAAAAUGUUACUUUAUUCCAAUCGAAUACAUAUGGACAACUACCAUCAUCAAUGGUUUUUACUUGUCCGAAUACAUCAGAUUGUGUUUCACUACGUCGUGUCAACGAUGGUUACGCAGAUUGUCUUUAUGCUGAGGACGAACAGAAUAGUGCUUAUGCGAUGAUCGAACCAUUUCGAUAUCGUUGUCAGACAGGAUCAUCGCCAGUUCAGUAUGUAAGCUUUCAGCAAUUGGGCAAUGGAGUGAACGAAUGUGCAGAUGGUAGUGAUGAAAUCUCAAGUGAACUGAGUUGGUCUUCUUUGGACUGUAGGAUUGAUGAUAAUUAUGCUUGCUGGGUAUUUCGAGGUGAUGGAAUCAUUGAGAAUAGAAUAAAAGAUGUUCGACUACCUUUUCAUCUUUAUUGCGAUACAGUUUGGGAUACGAUGGAUGGUCGAGAUGAACGAGAUUGCUCUAAAUGGGUUUGUGCACGUGGAACUUAUCAGUGCAACAGGACAAGUCAAUGUAUCAAAAGAACAUAUUUAUGUGACGGAGAAUUUGAUUGCGAUGAUGGUGAAGAUGAAUUGAACUGUCCUAGACGAUCACAAGAAGGGUCUUUAGAAUUCGUUUGUAACAAGUCAAAUGAACAUUUUUGUAUAACGUCACAAUAUCUACAGGAUCGCAUACUAAACCGUCCUUGUAUAUCAUAUACCAAUACUGGCGAUGGUAAAAUUGACUGUUUAGGUGGCCAAGAUGAACGUAACGUAUUCUCUUGUUCAGAUCAUACAAUGCUUGGCAAUCGAUUUUUAUGUGAUAAUCAAACGAAAUGUCUUAACUAUACAACUUUAUGUAAUGGUGUAUUUGAUUGUUUGGAUCGUACAGAUGAAUAUAUUUGUUUCUGCCAAUAUGAACAGUGUAUUAAAGAACAAUUGGCUUGUUCAGAUACAAAUUCAUGUGAAAAUGGUCGAUUUCGUUUCGAAGCCUAUCAUUCAACUAAUAUACUAACGGCAUGGGAAUAUCCAAUUAGUCCAUUCAGUUUUCUACCUGUUUUUCGUCUUGCCAAAAUAUUACGAUUUCCGGAUCGUAGUCUACCCUGGUCAUGUUCGUAUAAUCAUUGUCAAAAUAAUGGAACAUGUUAUAAUUCAAAUAAUGGACAAAAUUUAUGUUUAUGCCAACGAGGUUGGCGAGCUGAAUUUUUACACAAAGGUAAUCAUAGAUUUUGA